UGCUAUGUAGACAUUAUAACUACAUUUGAAACCAAAACCAUCUUUUGGAAAGUUUCCGUUUUCCCUAACUACAUAGAAAGCAAAGCACACCUACAGACUCCGAUCAUAGAUAGAAUCUCGAAGGAGAAAUCUGGAAUUUGAAUAUGGAUACGGACUUUGACGAAACUAAAGAUGGAAAACUCGUUUUGGUAAUCUUAGUGGGAGCGCCUGGGAGCGGGAAAUCCACUUUCUGUGAAGAUGUCAUGCGUUCCUCUUCUCGCCCUUGGAUACGCAUUUGUCAGGACACUAUUGGAAAUGGUAAAGCAGGAAAUAAAGCUCAAUGCCUAAGCAGUGCAGCUAGAGCAUUGAAGGAUGGGAAGAAUGUAUUUAUUGACAGGUGCAAUCUUGACAGAGAACAGCGCUCAGAUUUUAUAAAGCUUAGUGGUGAACCCCAAAUAGAUAUCCAUGCAGUUGUACUUGAUCUUCCUGCUAAGCUGUGUAUUUCUCGAUCUGUCAAACGAUCUGAGCAUGAAGGAAAUUUGCAGGGUGGAAAAGCUGCUGCAGUUGUGAAUAGAAUGCUUCAAAAUAAAGAACUGCCCAAAUUAAGUGAAGGUUUUAACCGAAUAACAUUUUGUCAGAGUGAGAGUGAUGUCAAAAAUGCUAUUGAUACAUAUGGAAAACUUGGGCUGCGGGCUAACCUUCCACAUGGCUGCUUUGGUCAGAAAAAUCCGGAUUCCAAAAUUCAAGUUAGUAUAAUGAAAUUCCUAAAAAAGGUAGAGGUUCCAGUUGAUACUGCAUCUAGAAAGAAUGGCAUUGGAGACUCUAGUUCCCAGACUCCUGGGAAAAAUGAUUCCCGCUGCAAAGAUACAGAAAAAAAUUCCUCAACACAAGAUAAUUCCAACUUUGGGCCAAAUGAAGUAGAAGGCCAGGCUGAUAACUCUGCUGGUUCCUAUCACAAUCGAGUUUCUCUCGAUGAUACUCCCACUCUGGCAUUUCCAUCUAUUUCAACAUCUGAUUUUCAAUUCAACCAUGACAAGGCAGCUGAUAUUAUUGUUGAGAAGGUCAGCGAGUACUCAAAUAAGAUAGGGAAUGCCAGACUUGUUCUAGUAGACUUGACUCACAAGUCAAAAAUUAUGUCUUUAGUUAAAGCUAAAGCAGCAGAAAAGAAUGUUGACACCCAAAAGUUUUUUACCCAUGUUGGAGAUAUUACUCGCCUUCAUUCCACAGGUGGUUUGCGCUGUAGUGUCAUAGCUAAUGCUGCCAACUGGCGGUUAAAACCUGGUGGUGGAGGUGUUAAUGCAGCAAUUUUUGAUGCUGCGGGUCCUGAACUGGAGUCUGCAACUAAAGAAAACGUUAAGACGCUUUCACCUGGGAAUGCUGUUGUUGUCCCUCUACCAUCGUCUUCUCCAUUGUUCACCAGAGAAGGUGUAAGCCAUGUAAUACAUGUCCUUGGACCUAAUAUGAAUCCACAUAGACCAAAUUGUCUCAACAAUGAUUAUGAAAAAGGCUGCAGAAUUCUCAAAGAGGCUUAUGCAUCACUAUUUGAAGGUUUUGCAUCAAUUGUUAGGAAUCAGACACAACAAAAUGAAAAUCUGGGAAAAAAGUAUUUGGAGUUACCUUAUCAGUCUGAAUUCCGUUCCAAAAAUCAUUUCACAAAUACUGAUCAAAAGAGUAAGAGAAAUGCUGAUCAUGGAUUAGAAAAAAAUAAGAAAUACAAGGGAACUCAAGAUGGUGUUGGAUUGACCUUUACAGAUUGUAGGGGUGAAAACAUAGAUUCGGAGAUUAAAAGAGCUGACCCGAGAACGGGGAAGGCAUGGGGAUCAUGGGCUCAAGCUCUUCACCAAAUAGCUAUGCAUCCUGAAAAGCACAAGGAUGACUUGCUUGAAAUUUUAGAAGACGCUGUUGUAUUAAAUGAUAUGUAUCCUAAGGCCCAGAAGCAUGUUCUGGUGUUGGCAAGGACUAGAGGUCUUGAUUCCCUAUCAGAUGUCCAAAAUGAGCACCUUUCGAUAUUGAAAAGAAUGCAUGCAGUGGGUUUAAAAUGGGCUGAAAAAUUCUUGAGCGAGAGUGCCUCACUAGUAUUUCGCCUUGGAUAUCACUCGGCUCCGUCAAUGCGACAACUACAUUUACAUGUUAUUAGUCAGGACUUUGAAUCGAAACAUUUGAAGAAUAAGAAGCACUGGAAUUCAUUUAACACUGCUUUCUUUCGUGACUCGGUAGAUGUAAUUGACGAGGUCUCCAAUCAUGGAAAAGUGACAUUGAAAGAUGAUGACAAGCUAACGUCUAUGGAGUUGAGGUGCCACAGAUGUAAAAGUGCGCAUCCAAAUAUACCCCGGUUAAAAUCACAUAUUAGCAGCUGCCAAGCACCCUUUCCUGCUUACCUACUCGAAAAUGGGUGUUUGGUUGGUACGUGCACCAGGUAGGCCCUUGCAACGCAACAGUUCCUUGUAUUACAAGGUUUUGUUUACAUGGCUGCUAAGCCGGACUAGUUUUGAGCUGGCCUUUUGAGAGAUUUAAUCCCCUUUGUUUAGUUAUGGACUGCGAAGUGUUUAUGAAAGGAAAUUAAAGACCAAGUCUGUUUUAGCA